UCUUUCUCCGAACAGAUGAAACAGCCCUGUAAUGGUAGUUUCCUAACUGUCCCUUUUCCAUUUUGGGGCCUUGAAAUCAACCCCAUCCAUGGUAAAUAACAUGUAGUGAAGUUGCAAAAAGGUGGGGUUUUUUUUAUAUAGUUUUGGUAUUAUUGAAUAAUGCUCACAUGGUCUUGAGCUUUAUACAACUGCAGAUACCUUUCCUCAUAAUGCUGCUUCUCUCCCACUGUUAGCUUUGUAGAGCAGUGUGGGAAGGAGCAGAUUGGAUUGAAUCCAAAUCUGGGUUUUUUGAGUUUUUCUUUUGGUUUGAAUUGUGUUCGAGUAGUUGGUUUUUGAGUUGUUGUGGUAGGGUUCUUGUUUUUUAUGGUUGUAGAUUGAAUAGAAAUCUAGGUUUUGUUGCUUUGUUUUGGUGUGGGUUGCUUUUUGGGAAGUUGGUGUGGUGGGGAUCUUGUUUUUGAUGGUUGGAGCUGAAAUGGGUUGUGUUUGUUUCUUGAUUUUGAGGUCUAGAUAUUGAAGAUUUUGAGACAUUGUAGUGGAUUUUGCAGUGUUUUGGGGAAUUUGUGUUUUGUUUGGAUGGGGAAAAUGGCUCCAAGCUUGGAUAUUUCAGAUUGGUGGGUGAAGGAAACACAAAAGGGGACUCCGGUUAUCGUUACAAUGGAGAACCCCAACUACUCGGUUGUGGAAAUCAACAGCCCAGACGCUGCAUUCCGGCAGGUCGAGAAGGACAGGGGGAAGAACGCCAAGCAGUUUACUUGGGUUCUUCUCCUCAGGGCUCACCGGGCCGUCGGAUGCCUUGCGUGGGUCGCCGGCGUGCUGUGGGCAUUGCUCGGGGCUGUCAAUAAGCGGUUGAUUUUCCGCCAGGGCGUGGUCAUGGAAUCGGAGAAGUCGGGGAAGGGGAGGCUGCUGUUCAGGUUCAUCAGGGGGUUUCUGGUGAUUUCCUUGACCGCCCUUGUGUUUGAAGUGGUGGCCCACCUGAAUGGCUGGCAUUUCCAGAGACCCGAUUUGCACAUCCCGCAGAAGGCUGAGAUCGAAGGGUGGGUGCACAUGGUUUAUCUCAUGUGGCUGUCAUUCCGGGCUGACUACAUUGCUGUGCCGAUACAGGCCUUGUCGAACUUCUGCGUGGUCCUUUUCCUCAUCCAGUCGUUGGACCGGAUGAUCUUGUGCAUUGGUUGCUUCUGGAUCAAGUACAAGAAGAUCAAGCCGAGGAUUGAAGGGGAUCCAUUCAAAUCCGAUGAUUUGGAGGGCUCUGGCUACAGUUACCCCAUGGUUCUCAUUCAAAUUCCAAUGUGCAAUGAAAGAGAGGUAUACGAGCAGUCCAUUUCCGCCGUCUGCCAGAUUGACUGGCCAAAAGAUCGUUUGUUGAUUCAAGUACUCGAUGACUCCGAUGAUGAGAGCAUCCAAUGGCUAAUCAAAGCUGAGGUCUCCAAGUGGAGUCAAAGGGGCAUCAACAUCAUCUAUCGGCAUCGCUUGGUUAGGACUGGUUAUAAGGCUGGGAAUCUCAAGUCUGCUAUGAGUUGCGACUAUGUCAAAGGAUAUGAAUUUGUCGCAAUCUUUGAUGCUGAUUUCCAACCAAAUCCGGAUUUCCUUAAGCAGACAGUUCCACAUUUUAAGGACAAUCCCGAGUUGGGUUUGGUUCAGGCUCGGUGGGCCUUUGUAAACAAAGAUGAAAACUUGCUGACUCGCCUACAAAACAUCAAUCUUUGCUUCCAUUUUGAGGUGGAGCAGCAGGUUAAUGGUGUUUUCUUGAACUUUUUCGGUUUUAAUGGGACUGCUGGUGUUUGGAGAAUCAAAGCUCUAGAGGAGUCUGGAGGUUGGCUCGAGAGAACAACGGUAGAGGAUAUGGACAUUGCUGUCCGUGCCCAUCUUAAUGGGUGGAAAUUCAUAUUCCUCAAUGAUGUCAAGGUCCUUUGCGAAGUUCCAGAGUCAUAUGAGGCUUAUCGGAAACAGCAACAUCGAUGGCAUUCUGGUCCAAUGCAACUUUUCCGUAUAUGUCUUCCUGCUAUUAUAACUUCCAAGAUACCAGUCUGGAAGAAGGCGAAUCUAGUACUGCUAUUUUUUCUUCUGCGGAAGCUGAUUCUUCCGUUCUAUUCUUUCACAUUGUUUUGCAUUAUCCUCCCUCUCACCAUGUUCGUGCCCGAGGCCGAGCUACCCAUGUGGGUCAUCUGCUACAUACCCGUUUUCAUGUCAUUACUCAACAUCCUUCCCGCCCCCAAAUUGUUCCCUUUCAUCGUCCCCUACCUUCUCUUUGAAAACACCAUGUCAGUAACCAAGUUCAAUGCCAUGGUAUCUGGAUUGUUCCAGUUGGGGAGCUCAUACGAGUGGGUUGUCACAAAGAAGGCAGGCCGGUCAUCGGAAUCUGACUUGAUAGCCGCAGCAGAGAGGGACUCAAAGCCCUUGAACAAUCCACAACUUCAUAGAGGAUCUUCGGAAAGCGAGCUCUCCGAGCUGAACAGACUGAAAGAGCAGCCAGAAUCUCUUCUGCCUGUCAAGAAGGUUAACCGUAUCUACAGAAAAGAGCUCGCUCUUGCAUUUCUCCUCCUCACUGCAUCGAUCCGUAGCCUGUUAUCUGCUCAAGGGGUCCACUUCUACUUCCUUCUCUUCCAAGGAGUGACAUUCCUGCUCGUAGGCCUUGAUCUAAUCGGCGAGCAAAUGAGCUAAAUCAAGAAAAAAGAG